AUGGGCAAAGCACCAGCGAAGCGACUGAGGCCUAACAUCGCACAUAUCAAGACCAAAGCAGCUCGCCGCCAACACAGCCAAGCCGCCCGCUCCAAAUCACAGACAUCAGCGUCGACGGGUCAUGGUCCACCAGCCAAGACGAGCAAGAAGAAUGAUCGCGUGCAUAACAGCAGCACAGGCCAGUCGCGUGUCCCGUUUUCCAGCCAUGACCGGAUACUGCUGAUUGGUGAGGGCGAUUUCUCCUUCGCCUUGUCGCUGAUUAAGCACCACAGGCUGUUGGCUGUGACGGCAACAUGUUACGAUUCUCAGAGGCAGUUGGUGGAGAAGUACCCCAGAGUGAUGACAACGAUUGAGCAGCUGGAUACUAAGGCGGCGAAGGUGGACGAUUCCGAAGCGACCAACAAUGAAGGCGAUGUCUCUGAAGAGAGGGAGGUGGUAUUUGAAGGCUUCUCGCCGCCUCCAACAACGGCACGACCGUCAUCAAAUCCGCCCAUUUCGCUCCCACCACAGCCAAACCCAUCAUCACACCACCAGCUCCCUUCAUUCUCGCAAACUCGUUCCCGCGUACUCUACAGCAUAGACGCCACUCAACUUCCCCGCCACCGCAAAAGCCUCUUCUGCCACCAGCAACGAGUCUUCAACUUUCCACACGUCGGUGGCCUCUCUACGGAUGUCAACCGACAAGUCCGUGCGAAUCAGGAGCUGCUUGUCAAGUUCUUGGAGGGCUGCAAGGCGCUCCUUGUUCCGUUGGAGAUUGAUCAGACGACGAAUGGAGCGAGCCGGCGGUCAAGGGGUGCGCAUGGCAAGGUCCACAACAAUGGAGGUGGCAACCACAGCGGUCAAGACAAAAGCGCCGAGCGCUACUCCACGCCGUCCGACUCAGACUCAGACUCCAGCUCUGCCUCCACGUCCAAGGAGGACCCUGCGGCUAGGGACACUUCACGCAUCCCACAAGUUCUCAUCACCAUAUUCGAGGGUCAUCCCUACACUCUCUGGAACAUCCGCGACCUCGCCCGGCACACGGGCUACAACAUCGUCGAGUCAUUCCGCUUUCCGUGGAGCGCUUAUCCGGGCUAUGCGCAUGCCAGGACGCUGGGGGAGAUUGUGCCGAAAGGCGUGGACGGGCGGCGCGGUGGACGUAGUGGAGGAGAGGAGCCCACCGCGGACAACGAGAACCAUCGACCUAGCACGAAGAAUGGAAAGGGCAAGAAGGGCAGGUGGCAUGGCGAGGACAGAGAUGCGCGGACUUAUGUGCUGGAGUUGCGGGAACAUCAGGAGCAGGUUGGCGGUCGUGGUGGAAACAUGACUUCUGGGAAGCGGAAGCGUGGCGGAGGGGAUGGAAGCGAAGAUGAUGAUUUGUGA